UUUCAGUGGAGCGCGCUGCAGUCUGGCAGGAGUUGAAGAAGACGAAGCAAAACAACAGUGCUCUACUUUUCCCCUCUUUCUUUUUCUCCAGUCGCUUUCCAGCGAAGCACAGAGCGCUGCCCUAAUCAGGAUAUCCCCUUGUUUUGCGCGUGGCUGAACCGACUCGUUCCACCCAGCGGAGCGGACUGAGGGAGAGAGAGAGAGAGGUUACGGGCAACUAACAGACUUCAGCAGCAGCGGUGCAGUGCUCGAGACUGCCGUCCGUGGCAGGGAUGGAGGCCGUCGGCGCAUUCGUGCUGUGCUGGGUGAUUAACUGCGCAUGGAUGCCGUUGUGUUCAGGCUCACGAAUGAAGUCUCCUGCGCUGCCUAUACAAUCUGAGCGCGAGCCGGUUCCAUCGAAAGGACUGUCGGGGUGCUCCUUCGGUGGCCGAUUCUACUCUCUGGAGGACACCUGGCAUCCGGACCUAGGAGAGCCAUUUGGGAUCAUGCACUGCGUCAAGUGCAACUGUGAACCACAGAGGAGUAAAAGAAAGGUGUUUGGGAAGGUGAGCUGCAGGAACAUUAAGCAGGACUGUCCUGAAGCCAAAUGUGCUGAGCCUGUGCUGCAACCUGGACACUGCUGCAAGACCUGUCCUGAUGGGGACUCCAGCAGACAGCCCCUGGAGUCUCUGUUUGAUGGCUAUGAGUAUUUUCAGGAGAAGGACGGGGACCUGCACAAGUCCUACAAUGACCGCUCCUACCUCAGUGCAGAGGCGUCCAACCCCACAGACACCCGCACAGAUUUUGUUGCUCUGCUGACGGGUGUGUCCGACUCCUGGCUGCCCAGUUCCAGUGGGGUGGGACGCGCUCGGCUCACUUUAACUCGCACUGGCCUGGCAUUCUCCAUUACUUACAACAGCUUUGCACGGCCCAGUCGUAUCAUGUUUCUGGACUCCGAUGGAAACACUGCAUUUGAGUUCAGCGUACCCAAGGCUGACACAGACAUGAUCUGUGGCGUGUGGAAGAAUCUUCCCAAGUCUCAUUUAAGACAGCUGCAGGCGGAACAACUGCGCGUCUCCAUGGUAGCAUCCAAUGGGAGAAGAGAGGAGAUCAAGGGACAGGUCAUCAAACACAGAGCGCUGUUUGCAGAGACGUUCAGUGCGAUUCUGACCUCAGAAGUGGAGCAUUCUGGGAUAGGUGGCAUGGCCAUGCUGACGCUGAGUGACUCGGAGAACAACCUCCACUUCAUCCUGAUGUUACAAGGACUUACCACACACUCUCACACAGGCCUGGUGCCCAUUCGGCUCCAGCUGCAGUAUCGACAACACACACUGAGGGAGAUCCGAGCCAACAUCAGUGCUCAGGAUGCAGACUUUGCAGAGGUGCUCACAGAUCUCAACGUUCGCGAGCUGUUCUGGCUUUCCAGAGGCCAGCUGCAGAUCACCGUGGAAACGGAGGGCAAUGACCCGCGUGUGAUCUCUGGCUUCAUCACCGGCAGGAAGUCAUGUGACAUCCUGCAGAGUGUGAUGGCGAGCAGUGAGGCUUUGACUCCAGCUAAAACCGGUGCGGUGGGCUCGGCCAUCUUCUUUCUCCAUGACAACGGAACGCUGGACUACCAGGUGCAGGUGGUAGGCGUGGCCACAAAGGUGAUUGGCGUGACGCUGGAGCUGAAACCACGGCGACGGAGCAAGCGCAGCGUUCUGUACCAGCUGUCCGAGGGCUGGGGGGCGGAGUCUGGGAAGGGGCGUGGCAGCGUGGGCCGGCUGGAGGCGCGGCAUAUACACAUGCUGCUGCAGAACGAGCUGUUCAUCAACGUCGCCACGGAGAUGCACGCCGACGGGGAGCUGAGGGGGCAGGUGGUCUCACUGCCCUACAGCGGCCUGGAGGCACUGACACAAGAGUUGCCGGUGCCCCUGGCUGGUCAGCUGGUGACUCCUCCCGUGGCCAGCAGUGCGGGGGGGCACGCUUGGGUGGCGCUGGACGAGCGAUGCCACCUGCACUACGAGAUCAUCGUCAGCGGACUCAGCAGGAGCGACGACCUGACCGUCAACGCCCACCUCCACGGAUUGGCCGAGAUCGGAGAGAUGGACGAGUCCAGCCCCAGUCAGAGGAGGUUGCUCACUGGGUUCUAUGGCUCACAGGCCCAGGGCGUGUUGCGGGACUUGAGUGUGGACCUGCUCAGGCACCUUGACCAGGGCACUGCCUAUAUCCAGGUCAGCACCAAACUCAACCCACGCGGGGAGAUACGUGGACAGGUUCAUGUGCCCAACAGUUGUGAGUUUGGUUCCCGCGGUGCUGUGGUGGAGGAGGCGGAGUUUGAUGAGCUGGUGUUUGUGCGUGAUCCCGAGGAGCUCCGGAAAGAUCCGCUGACGUGCUUCUUCGAGGGCGAGCACCACACACACGGCUCCCACUGGACUCCGCAGUACAACGCCUGCUUCAACUGCAGCUGCCAGAAGCGCACUGUCAUCUGUGAUCCAGUUAUCUGUCCAGCCCUCUCAUGUCCACACACUCGCCAACCAGAGGACAAAUGCUGCCCUGUGUGUGAUGAGAGGAAGGACCUGAAAGACACCAGAGCUUCAGUGAAAGCUGAGGAACACCCAGAGGGCUGCUACUUUGAGGGCGAUCAGAAGAUGCACGCCCCUGGAACCUCCUGGCAUCCCUUCGUCCCCCCCCUUCGGCUACAUCAAAUGUGCCGUCUGCACCUGCAAGGGUGCUACGGGGGAGGUGCAGUGUGAGAAGGUGACGUGUCCGGCCCUGACCUGCAGCCGUCCAAUCAGACGCAGCCCAACGGACUGCUGUAAGGAGUGCCCUGCGAAGGUCCCCGCCCCAGGAACAG